AGGACUGCCCGUGCGCAUUAGAGGCUGUCUGGGACCACGGUUCUUAGUCGCUGGGUUGCUACCACCGCGACGGCAAUCAUGGUAACCUCCGUGACCGAGCUCUGGCAGCUGCGGCUGCCUCUGCUCUUGCCCGCAUCGUCGGCCUCGACGCUCUACACCCCGGCCUGGGAGAGCCUGGACGCACGGCCGUGGUACGACGCGACCCAGCCAGGCCCAAGCAGUGGGCAAACCUGGAGGCGUCGGGGGCCAGGUGGGACCAUACCAGGGCGCACACCAGGGAAAGGGAGCGGCCAGCCUCCAGUUUACAUAUGAGGUGAAGGGACUUGGUCCAGGGUCUCUGAAAUUCGAGCCCAGGCCUCCCUCUUAAUUCCACAGCUUUACUAAAUCCCACAGCCUCGCUAUCAGCCUUAUGCACUGAGGGUUCCCCUCCUGAGACGCUAGAGGGCGUGAGUGCGUGCUGGUCCUGGAAGGCCCCGGGCGUCGUUCUGGAGGAGGAUAGGCUCCGCCCCCUUCUUUCUCGACGGCCAAUCAGCGCUGCAGAGAGGAGGAGCCUGCCAGGAUGGGCCUAGCGGGCGGAGCAGAGGCUAAGCAGUAACACUCCGGACCGUGAUCUCCGGGAUGGGGGCUACGGUGGCCUGGGCGGCCCAGCCGGGUCGCAGCUGGCUGCAGCUGCCCCUGCUCCUGCUGGCGGCCUCGGCCUCGCCUCCCUAUACGCCGGACUGGGAGAGCCUGGACGCGCGACCGCUGCCCGCCUGGUUCGACGAGGCCAAGUUCGGCGUGUUCGUGCACUGGGGCGUGUACUCGGUGCCAGCUUGGGGCAGCGAGUGGUUCUGGUGGAACUGGCAGGGCAGGCACGACGCGAAGUACGAAGUGUUCAUGCUCCAGAACUACCCCCCGGGCUUCUCCUACGCCGACUUCGGCCCCCAGUUCGGGGCCAGCUUCUACGACCCCGAGCAGUGGGCCGACCUGUUCGAGGCGUCCGGGGCCAGGUAUGUGGUUCUGACCAGCAAGCAUCAUGAAGGCUAUACACUCUGGCCUAGUGCUACAUCUUGGAACUGGAAUUCUAUGGAUGUAGGGCCCCACCGAGAUCUGGUGGGUGAAUUGGGACAUUUCCUCCGAAAGAGGGAUAUCCGUUAUGGAUUGUACCACUCACUCCUGGAGUGGUUUCAUCCCUUGUAUCUGCUUGACAAGGAAAACAACUUUACAACCCAGAAUUUUGUGAAGGCCAAGGUCCUGCCAGAAAUGGUUGAUCUUGUGAACAAGUACAAACCUGACCUGAUCUGGUCUGAUGGAGAAUGGGAAGCCCCUGACACUUACUGGAAUUCCACCGAGUUCCUUGCCUGGCUGUACAAUGACAGCCCUAUAAAGGAUCAGAUUGUGGUCAAUGAUCGAUGGGGCCAAGGUGAUCUUUGUAAGCAUGGGGGCUACCUCACUUGUCAUGACAAGUACAAGCCAAAGACUCUCCCAAAACGCAAGUGGGAGAUGUGCACCACCCUCGAUAGAGAAUCCUGGGGGUAUCGUCGAGACAUGAACAGCAACGACGUCAUGACUAAUGCAGAAAUCAUUUUGGAACUAGUUUUUGUCGUGAGCUUUGGUGGCAACUAUCUGCUCAACGUUGGGCCAACCAAAGAUGGGAUCAUUGCCCCCAUCUUUGAAGAAAGGCUCCGUUCUGUGGGCAGCUGGCUGAAAAUCAAUGGGGAGGGAAUCUAUGCUUCUAAGCCAUGGAGGGUACAAAUGGAGGACAAUACCACCACCAUAAGGUACACCACAAGGGAUGCUGCUGUCUAUGUCUUCUACAAUGAUUGGCCACAGGAUGGGGUACUCCAUCUGACCUCCCCUAUCCCGACAAAUAUGACAAAGGUGAGCAUGUUGGGAGUCCCAGGGUUUCUGAAGUGGUCACAAGGCUCAGUGGAUCAAGGCCUCCUUGUUUACCUGCCCCAGCUAUCUCCAGCUAUUGUAAAGAUGGAAGUUUGGACCCUCAAACUAGAGGAAGUCAAAUGAGGCAUCAUGCCCCACACCCCACCUAGGUCUAUGACUCAGCUCUUUUGAUUUUUGCUUCUAAGGUAGGAGCAUUGCAAUAAAUUGGUACCACUCUUACUUAAACAAGGUAGCAUUUUAUGACCCAUCUUAGUCAAAGGACAAUGUACCCUGUUUGAGCUCAACAGGUACCUCUGGUUUAUAAGCCCAUACCUCCCUACAUGAAAGAGGCUUUUCAGGAAGGGGAUCUCAGUGUAUCCCUAUCCUUAUGCAUGUAGUUAACCUCAGAAAUUAUUUAGGAUGGAUGUCUCCUCCUCUUUCCUCUCCCACCUCUGUGUCAGGUAUCUCAAUCCUGUAAGUAAGGAUCAGGCACUAGAAUACAGAAGGAAGUAGAAUAGGUUGGCCAAGUUUGUUGGUUUGGCAUCAGCUGCUGGUUGAAGAAACUUCCUCAAGGGGGAGUAGGAGCCUGAAGAAGUGGGGAUCCCAGUACAAUGUAACACUGAAUGAGCUGGGGGCUGGGAUCCAGCUAGAGGCGAUGUUUGUGAAUUCAGCAGCACCUCUCCAGGGGGACACGAGGAGAGUGGCAUCUCUGGCUAUUCCCUGCUUUCCACUUCUUAGACUUACACCAACCACCACCCCGGCUGCAUUAGAGAGCCCCAAGUGUAAUUCUAAGAGAUGGUUAGGAAUGGAGUUGGUUGGCAGCUCCCUCUUGGAGGUAUGCAAUUUUGUCCAGGAGGGUGGGACUGUGGGUGCCAGGGACAGUCCCUUUCUGUAGAGCCAGUCCUAACCCUGUUAAAAGCCCAGUCUGUUCAUGCAGAGGACUAAAGCAGGCUGUUCCUGCUUCAUGGUCCUGACAGUUCCCCAUGGAAGAAACCUAGAGUAAUUCCUGCUGCCUUGGGGUGGGGAGGAGAACGGGAAAGGAGGCUUGGUGACAUACAUAUGGUGGAGGAUUUGCUUUUUUAUUUGCAUUCUAAUCUGAAAAGCCAUGAAUGGAGCUCUGUCCUUUGCUGUUAAAUUCCCUUUCAAAAUGAACAAUUAAGUGAUAAAUGAUGAUUUUGAUGAUCCAAUUUCAUGUGUCUGUCCUGUGCCUCUUUAUAUGUAAAUGUUUUGACACCUGUAAAAAAAUAAACAUCUACUUGAAAAAGA